GCUCUACACUCAGCAGCAGCAGCCGCUCGAGCUUCUACUGCAGAUCCAGCAGCAGCAGCAGCAGCACAUGGAUGGAAGUAGAGAGGAGGGGGAUCAGACGAGACGGAUUGUGGACAGUUUGUGGACGUACAGAUUCAUUCCUGCUUUUAAAAACUAGAAACACUCUCAGUAAAACUGACUAAAACUGGACCAGACUCAGAGAAGACAGAGUGAAGAUGAGCACCAUUGUCUUUAAUAAGUUUGAGGAGCACCUGCGGUUUGAGGAGAGCGGGAAAGACGUGGAGAGGAACAGUCUGAACUAUUUAGAGGUGAUAGAUGGACAGCAUCCAGAUCUACUGUCCCGACACAAGGGGCUGGAGGAGCAGGGGGGUCUCAAACACAGGAGGAACAGUGGAGGGAAGGUGCGUCAUAAGCGUCAGGCUCUGCAGGAUAUGGCUCGGCCGCUGAAGCAGUGGCUGUAUAAACACAGGGAUAACCCCUACCCCACCAAAACCGAGAAGAUCCUGCUGGCCCUCGGAUCACACAUGACGCUGGUUCAGGUGUCGAACUGGUUUGCGAACGCUCGCCGCAGACUGAAGAACACGGUACGACAGCCGGACCUCAGCUGGGCUCUACGCAUCAAACUCUACAACAAAUACGUUCAGGGAAACGCUGAGAGACUGAGCAUCAGCAGCGACGACUCGGCUUCAGAGGAUGGUGAGAACCCUCUACAGAUGCAGGCCGGCGAAUCCGAGUCCAGCAGAGCCAAGAGCGUGAUCCAGGACGGGCGGGGCCGGGGGGCGGGGCUGAGGACGGACGCGUCGCUCUGCGGUGAUUACGUUUCCCCACCAAAGUACAAGAACAGCUUGCUGAACCGCUAUCUGAACGACUCCCUGCGUCACGUCAUGUCCUCCAACAAAGGCCUGGAGCACCGCAAGAGGAACCACUCAGGAUCCUUCAGCUCCAACGAGUACGACGACGACCUCCUGUCACCUUCAUCAUCAGAGACCGAGGCCAACUUCACCUACCGCACAGAAUCCUUGGACUGUGGUUUACAUCACUGCGAAAGAAGCAGUGUAACUCGUACAGGAGCGAGUCACGGGAAGGACGCCACCUACUGGAAGGAGCUCCACGCUGCCAUGGCCCUGACUAACCUGGCCCAGAGCGAAGAGGGAGGCGGGAGCACAGGAACCACCAGCUGCAUCAUCCAGAAAUCCUCCCAUAUAGCGGAAAUAAAGACUGUUAAAGUGCCGAUAGCACCUCGCCACUAACAGCAGCAGCAACUCCGAGCCUGAGCCACACACAGCACAGGGACAGACGUCCGAGUGACGGACAGACAGACAGACAGCCGCUAAGAGACUCCGUAAAGACUGGACUGGAGUGGACUGGAGUGGAGCGGCACUUCUGUUAGAUAUAAAAAAAAAACACAAAAUGAUCCACUGCAGUGUUUUAGUAUAAGGAGAUGACAUGCAUUGUUUUACCAAUGUGCCUUUUUAUCAAAAAUCAAAGUUAUAUGAAUGAAAGAAUGACAAUUUUUAUACAAUCAUUUCCUCACCUCAAAUGUAGCCAGUUGGCCAAGAAAGAGUAUCUGAAGUAUCUAUGCUUCGUAGAUCUGUACUGGAGCCCUGAUACAUUUCCAUACAUAACUCAAUUAUUACGGUUAAAAACUCAAAUUGAAGAUCUCUGUAAUGCAAAUUACAUUUCAGUACCAGUCAAAAGUUGAAACUAAUCCCGUUCGAAUAGGGCUUAAGUAAAGAAAAAAUACAGUCAAUCCAAAAAGUACAAUUUCAAGAACUUUGAAAGUGUCCUCAAGUGCAGUCACCGCAAAAAACAUCAAAAACAUUGAUGAAAUGAUGAUGAAACGGGCACUCAGCAGGAGCAGCCUCAGAUCCCCGGAUAAGAGCAGCUAAAUGCUUCUUCACAGAUUAUAUUUUUAAUGGUUUGUUUAAUCCUUUUAAGUUACUACAUGAUUCUUUAUUCAGUGUCCCUUUAUAGUCUGGAUUUCUUCACUAUUUAUUUACUAUGUAGGGAAAAAAAUAGAGGUCUUGAUUUGAGUUUUUACUGAUAAAAAUGGAUGUACAGUACAGGCCAAAAGUUUGGACUUUCUCUUUUUCAAUGCGUUUUCUUUAUUUUUUAAGGACUAUUUCCAUUGUAGAUUCUCACUGAAGCAUCAAAACUAUGAAUGAACACAUGUGGAGUUUUAUGUACUUAACAAAAAAUGAGCUGUCCUCCACAGUCACCGGACCUGAACCCAAUCCAGAUCUGAGGUUU